UUCUGUUCCGCGCACACCGUUUAUAUCGCGGUGAUAAAAUCCUUGUCUUAAGUUUUUGUAAGUGUUCGUUAUUUUACGAUACCAUUUAAGAUAUGAAAGGAACGUGAUGUAAAUCGAUUGAAAAUAUGAAUCGAGUCUCGAAAUCAAAAUGGACAAUUUGCCAACGUUUUAGGAGAAUAUUUGUGACGCGUAAUAAUGUUUCCAGAUCUCCUAAAAGCAAUCUACAAUUAAGUAGAUUCGAUACAUUGAAGACCGACGUAGAAAAUCCAGAAGUAUCCGAAACGAACGUAUCUUUGGUGAACAAUUUUAAUCCGGCUACCGAUAGUUUUCACGCGUCGAUCAGACCGAUCAUCUUGUUGGCGAAUUGCUUUUCGAUACUUCCAGUUUCCGGUGUCAACAGUCCGGAUGCAUCUUAUUUAAAAUUCACCUGGUAUAGCCCAAAAUUAUUGUACACCAUCGUAUUCUUUUUAAGCACUACUGUUAUGACCGUAUUAAAUGUCUUACAAUUCACUACGGGUAUAAAUUCCAUGAAGAUGACAACUGGUUUAGUUUUUUAUGGCACCUCUCUCAUCGCGUCUCUCCUAUUUCUAAAACUCGCCAAAUUAUGGCCUUGCUUGGCGUUAACGUGGGAAAAAGUCGAACGAGAGUUCAUGUUUAGACAUCGGAGAAUUUCUCGAAUAAGUCUUGCCGGUAGAUUUAAAUUAACUACCGCCAUCGUGAUGAUUCUCGCAUUGGUCGAACAUUCAUUAUCUAUACUUAAGGGUUUCUUUUAUGCAAUGACAUGUGCAAAAUAUCGAAGUGAUUCCGACGUUAUCGCAGAAUAUUUUGAAUCACAAUACACACAGGUAUUCUCGCAAAUGUCCUACAGUGUAUGGAAAGCUAUAUUAGUGGAAAUAGUUAACUUGCUAAGCACCUUCUCAUGGAACUUUGUCGAUCUUUUCUUGAUCCUCGUAAGCAUGGCUCUGGCAGAUCAAUUUCAACAAUUGAAUAGUCGUCUUAAUUCCGUUAGAGGAAAGGCAAUGCCGGACUGGUGGUGGGCCGAGGCUAGAAACGAUUACAAUCAUCUGGCUGGUUUGACCAGACGAGUCGAUUCUCAUAUUUCAACAAUCGUUUUUCUCUCGUUUGCGACCGAUCUAUACUUCAUUUGCAUUCAGCUACUAUUCUCUUUCAAUUUGCAACGCAGUCACAUACAGAAGAUAUACUUUUGUUUUUCCUUUGGAUUUCUUCUCACGAGGACCACGGCUGUAUCCUUGUAUGCAGCUUCCGUUAAUGACGAAUCCCGUUUGCCAGCACCGAUACUUUACAGCGUUUCGAGUGCCAGCUAUUCCACUGAGGUAAUGAGAUUUUUGACCCAAGUCACAACCGACAAUAUAAGCCUGACCGGAAUGAAAUUUUUCUCUGUUACGAGAGGCCUCGUCUUGACGAUUGCGGGCACUAUCGUCACUUACGAGCUAGUAUUAGUACAAAUAAAUAAUAUACAACAAACGGUCCAGUCUAACAUCACGAACAUUUGCGAGGUUGACGAAGAACAAUUAUACAGCAAUGGGAGUACCGUUUUACUUUGAUCAUUUAUUCUGGCGGUCAAUAAAGUUACGGCACACGUUCGAAGAAUGAGGAAGGCAAAGGAACCAAAGAAGUAAAGAUUACUCAAAAUAUCGUCGCCUUCAGGUCCGCUUCGGAUGAAAAAGCAAAUGAGAUUUUAAACGUCCUUACGUCCAUAUCUAAUUCGUAGUUUCGUAUAAUGCGUCUAGUGUAUUAUGUUAUCGUAGUAAACUUACGAUAUUCCAUUCAAUAAUUGUAAACAAAUAAAGUAGAGAUUAUUUGCGAAGGAAAGGAGUAUUAUCGGAGAUAUAUCAUUGUCCACUUUUUUCACCAGUGAACUUAGGAUGGCGUAAUCGUUUCUAUAUUCACUCCAAUCGACAUUGUUCGUGUGCUUUUUCGCCGUAUCGAAUAAUCUCUUGUUCAAUGUCUUGUAUCUUUCAGCUAGACCAGUGGAAAUCUGAAACUUCGUUCGUUAAGAUUGUUUAUAAUUCGUUUUUAUUUUUCACGGUAACAUACCAACACGACGAAUAAAUCUGUGAAGUUCCAUACGAAAGUCGCUAUCUUGCUCACUAUAAAUACGUAAAGACCAAUGGCGAAGUUAUAAUCGACUGUAAAACGAUCAUUGAACAGGAUUAAUUUAAUAACAUUGAAAGGUGCUCUCAUUGAUCCGAGUAAGAAAGUAUAAAUGAACGUACCGUUUUCCAAAAUAAAGUUAUGAGAGUUGACGGUGUAAAUGUGUAAAAAAUUGGUAAAGGUUGAAUUCGAUGUUCCCCAUUCAAAGUUAGUACUGUUGUUAAUUACGCUUACAAUAUGUUCGAAGAGAGCGAAAAAAAGUAUGAUGCUACUUAUUAUUAUGAAUUUCCAACGAAGCCGUGGUCGUUGAUAUUUGUUGCUGAAAAUGAUAUUAAGACAACAAAGAGAGAGAAUUCGUUAAAUAGAAAUAAGUUAGCUGUUAAAUAAUAUUUUAAUUAACCUAUCUAUGAAUUGUUCCAUUGCCUUCCAAUCGUUUUGAAGGAUCACCCAACGUGGCGAUAACCAAAGGAACAUGAUCGUUCCACAUAAACCAUUUCCAUAGAAUAUUGCCCCGGCUGUUGCCGCAGCUAUUCCACCUAUUGAAUACGUCGACGGAUCAUAUUUAUAUAAGUCAAAAAUGUUACCUUCUAUCUAACGUCUACGUUUCGACAAUAAUCUAGAAUAUAUUUUGUAUUAUUCGUUAAAAGAGAUAGAAGAUUAUCCGAUCAAUUAUCCUUACCACGCACACCGAACGAUUCGGGUUUGAGGGUCUUUAUCAUGUGAAUGAUCGACAGUAUCGCCAUUACGAAUAUCGAAGCAGCUACUAUGAUGGCGUAAGCGGUUCGAAAAGAGAUUUUCUUGAAUAUUAAUCUCGACGGUAAAUUCGCAGAUAUUCCGGAUAACGGGAGCAAGCCGAAGAAUUGUGCCCACCAUAAGAUCGGGCUGAUCGCCCGAUGAAAGCUCUCCUCCGAAUCCUGAAAAAAAAUUAACAUCGGAAAUAAAGGGGGAAAAAGUAACAACGAUUUUUAAGCAAGUCUUACCUCGUCAUUAUUUAUAGGAUGUAACGUGUUAACGUUCUCGUUAUGAAGAAAUUGUCGAGUUCUUAACGGAAAUGUAUUUUCUUGAUUAGAUCUUAUUCUACCGUUUAUCUUUCCCUUUUUUCGAUUUCCCAAUACCGACCAAAUUUUGAAAUUCGUCCUACCGGAAUUUCCAUGAAGGAUAUUCCUCCUUUUUAGCAUGGUGUCAUCAGACUCCACGUAGAAACGUAUAAAACCAACCAUUACCUUGUUAAGAAACAACGUAGAGAUAUAUUAUUAACGAUUAUAAUAUAUUUUAUGUAUAUUCAUGUAAGUAUUGUAUAUUCUUACCUGCCUAUCUACAGGUAUGCGAGUAUCCAUACAUUCGUAGGUAUAUAUACAUAUAUAUAUAUGUGUGUGUAGAUGUAACAAUGCGAUCGUACAAUUGCGUAUAUAUCAUUAAGUAUCCUGUACGUACGAAUGAGGAUCCGUUUUUAUGGGCUAUCUUAUAUACUGAAAGAAAUGUUAUAUCCUUUAACAUCACCAUACAAAAGCGGCAUGCAUUUAAUCAGUCAAAAUAUAUACGAGCGUUUAUCUCUCGUAAUGUCUCGUCAUAACUAUGAUAAUAUUUCUUUACCCAUGAUAAUAUUUCUUAUCGAAAGUACCGAGAACAAGCAGGAUAUACGUAGGAUAUAAUUUAUCGAGUAUACUAAAUGUAAUGAUCGUGUCUUCGUCUUUCGUACGAUCAUUUUUCACGAGUUUUCUUCUUGUGUUUCUCAAGCAUUAUUUCAUUCUUCGUUCAUUUCGUUCGCCGAUACAAUCGAUAAAAAGAUAUGAAGGAGAUUAUCGUUAAAAUGUAACGUUAUAAUGAUAUUACAACAAUCGUAGUUUAAGCGUGUAAUUUUAAUAGCGAUUUUACGUUUAAUCGUAGUGCGAUGUAACGAAGGACCCUACAUACGAUUAAUACAAAUAACGUUAUC